AAUUUCCAUGAUUUGGUUGUGUUGAUUGCACAUGAAAGAAGCAAGAAAACGAAGACCGAAAGAGAGAUGGAUGUAGAGCUGUCGUUUCUGAGCAGUUUUUGUACCGAAAUUUGCCGUCGUGUCAUGGGUUUGGCUCAUUCUCAUUUCUCUGCCCCAUUCCCCCAAACCCAAAACCAACCUUUCGUUUCUUCUCUAUAUAAUAUAACCCAUAAGCCUCUCUCUCUCUCUAUAGUAUUUGCGUGCCAUGGGGCAUGUCGCUAAGAUCUCUCACUGAUCACGACGAGAUAACGAAUCAUAACUCGUGAUGAUCUGAUCACUACGAGCUUUUGAGCCAUUUAUAUCUAUAUAUAUUUAUAGAUAAAGGAGGGAUCUGCAUAACUAAAUGCCACUUGUCUCCACGACCUGAGAAUCUCUCUCUGAUUAAUGUUGCUCGCCAAUUAUUGAGAAGAAAAAAAAUGGCAACUUUAGUUGAGCCUCCAGAUGGAAUUAGGCAACGGGGGAAGCAUUAUUACUCAAUGUGGCAAACAUUGUUUGAGGUUGACACCAAGUACGUUCCGAUCAAACCCAUAGGGCGAGGAGCAUAUGGCAUAGUGUGCUCGUCCAUCAAUAGGGUAACAAAUGAGAAAGUUGCAAUCAAGAAGAUCAAUAAUGUGUUUGAGAACCGAAUCGAUGCAUUGAGGACUCUGAGGGAGUUGAAGCUUCUUAGGCAUAUCCGGCAUGAAAAUGUGAUUGCUUUGAAGGAUGUUAUGAUGCCUAUCCACAGGACAAGUUUCAAGGAUGUGUAUUUUGUUUAUGAGCUCAUGGAUACAGAUCUUCAUCAAAUUAUAAAGUCCUCUCAACCACUUUCCAGUGACCAUUGCAAAUACUUUCUAUUUCAGUUGCUUCGAGGGCUCAAGUAUCUUCACUCAGCAAACAUCCUUCACCGGGACUUGAAGCCUGGAAACCUGCUCAUCAAUGCUAACUGUGACUUAAAAAUAUGUGAUUUUGGGUUGGCCCGAACCAGUGGAGGUACUGGCCAAUUCAUGACAGAGUAUGUUGUCACUCGCUGGUAUCGUGCACCAGAGCUGCUAUUGUGCUGCGACAAUUAUGGAACAUCCAUUGACGUCUGGUCCGUAGGAUGCAUCUUUGCUGAGAUUCUUGGUCGGAAACCAAUCUUCCCUGGAACUGAAUGCCUCAACCAACUAAAACUAAUUAUCAAUGUUCUUGGUAGCCAGCAUGAACCUGAUCUUGCAUUCAUUGACAAUCCGAAAGCCAGGAAGUACAUCAAAUCGCUGCCCUAUUCUAGGGGAACACAUUUUUCCCGUCUAUACCCCCAAGCUGAUCCGUUAGCUAUAGACUUGUUGCAAAGGAUGCUUGUGUUUGAUCCAACUAAGAGAAUCUCUGUCACAGAAGCACUCCAACACCCUUACAUGUCAGGGUUAUAUGAUCCAAGAUGCAAUCCUCCUGCCCAGGUUCCGAUCAACCUCGACAUAGAUGAGAAUUUAGCGGAACCAAUGAUUAGGGAGAUGAUGUGGCAUGAGAUGCUUCACUACCACCCAGAAGCUGCUUUUGUGAAUGCCUAGGUAAUUUUCAAAAGGCUUUCCAGUUUCCUCAACAAUGCUUCUUCGUGCAAUUGGUUUAUAAUAGAAAACCAUGCAAUAGAGAAAUGUGGUGUUAGUCAUAAUGAUCUUAACAAGAUUUUGUAUUAUCUUGUUUGGUAGCUUGAGGUCUCUGAAUGGGACAUACUGUCUUGUAACUCUGUAUAUAAUUGUGCUUUGUUAUUUGAAGUGUACGACUAUGGUUCUGUAUUAUCGAUAAUGCAUGUAAGAUAUUUCCUAAGAAAAACCAAGGGAAUUGAAUAAAGAUGCGUCUAUUUUUAUUAUUGUUA